CGAGGAGAUUAUAGUCGAUUAAAUAAUUUGUGAUGCGAUUAUUAAAGUGAUUGCAGUGAGAGAUUUUGGGGAUUAUUUAAAAUUUUUCUAAAUUCUACAAACAACCCGAUCCAAUUGUCAGCAAAGCUUAAAUACAUUAAGUGAAAUCUUAUUGUCAUUUAUUUAAAUAUCAAAUUAAUAAUGGAACGUGCGUCUCACUACCAUUGUUCUGUGUGUUGUAAAGAUUUCAAAGAAUUUAUUAUUUUCGAAGGACAUCUCACGUUAUCUCAGAAAUGUCGUGAAAACGUCGGAGCUUACAUGCAAUGCUACGAGUGUCCAGAGAAAUUUCAUAAUUUAGCUGCGCUAAAAUACCAUCUUCAAAAUCAUGCAUCUAAAUCUUACUGCUCAAAAAAAAUGCCAUUCUUGUCAAGUAAGGCUAAUACUGAUGGCAACAAUGAACUCAAAAACAAUUCCAAAUCCUGUGCUGAGAUUCAUGGGCUUCAUGACAAAACGGUCGGAAUAGCUGUUGACCAAGAAGCGAUAUCCGAAACACCGGAAACAACUACUUUCUGUUGCGGUGAUUGUGGGAAAGGAUACCCAACGACGUUCCAACUCAACCAACAUUCAAUCAAACAUUGUUACACGGUACAUAGUACAAAGAGCCUGAUGGCACCUGGACGGAUGACUGGGACGAUGUCACUUUCAGGGAAUAAAAGCCAAAGCCACCUUUAUUUUCAAUGUUCACUUUGUAAAGAGGAAUUUUUUACUAUUCGUCUGAUGACUAAACACCUACGAUUUCAUGCGUUUGGAACGUACGGUUGCAAUAUUUGUAAGCUUAUGUUCACACGAAAGACUUUGAAUCAGCAUCAGAAAGUAUUUCAUCCUGAAAAUACGGGCUCGAACCAUUUGCACACCAACCGUCAAUGUUAUAUUUGCAAAAAAACCGUCGCUCAGACAAACCUAACCCAACACUUGGAAGACCACAAAAUUGAAGCAGAAACUGGCAAGAUUUGCAACGUUCAAUUUAACGAAAUAUCGUUGGUCAAAAAUCAGAAAUUAUUCCAGCUGCAAGUGUUAAAUGGUGAUCGUAAAAAGCAAUUGAACAAAUUGCGACAGAUCAAACGAUUAAGUAAACGAGCGUUCCGAAAAAAUGACAACUUGCAACAUCAUCUUAUGAAGACUCGUUUCAAUAAAGGAGUCAGUGAAAAUUUGAUGGAUAUAGAAAUUGAAGCCACGUCUGUCCAGGCUUCUAACACUUUCUCCUACGAAUGUUAUGUUUGCAAAAAACAUUUUCGAACGUUUGGCGACCUGCAUGAUCACAUGCAAAAGCACUUCAUUUUUGAACGAUGGACUGAUCCGGCGAAUGUUUAUUUAUCCAAUUGGAGUCCGGCAAAGUCUCAGGAAAUAUUACAAAAUGAACCGUUGGUGCUCGUUGAAAAUUUGAAAUCGUUGAACGAUUUCUAUCAUCGAAACGAUCACCCAUGUCAACAACUAUCAAAUGUUGAAAAUUUGCUUGCGACCAGAAUCGUCGACUUUACUGAAAAGGGUAAACGAAAUGAAAACGAUUCCAGCGAAAUACUCGAAAGUGAUAACGACGAUGACGAUGUCGUAUUCACUUCGGAAAUAUCUAACAUUAAAUAAACGACUUAUAGUUGUAUCCAUUUAAUAUUUUAAUGAAUUGACAAAUUAAAUGUACAAAAAGUCGUUGAAAUAGGGAAAUGAGAUGGGAAUUUUUUACAAUUACAAAAGAGAGUGUAUUCAACA